AUGGCUUUGAGGAUAGUCAACUUGACCACAAGUUCUUCCGGAUGUGAAAGAAAUUGGAGUGUCUUUGAACAAGUUGAUGCAAAGAGGAGGAAUAAACUAGAUGUGCGCCGUAGGGACAAUCUAGUUUAUAUUCAAUUCAAUGGAAGAAUGAUGGAUAAGAGAAAGAAGUACUCCUCCUCUUGUGAUGUUCUCCUUGGUGAUGAUGCUUCCACUGCACAAGAUUGGAUAGUUGAAGGUGCAUAUGCUGAAGACGAGGUUGAUCCUGCCACGGGGCUGAAUGACACCAUCAUUGAUGAAGCAAUGGGAAUUGAGCCUCGUAGGAGCGCAAGGGUGAGGGAACUCCAUGAAGUAGAAGAAUUUGUUUCCGAUGAUGAAUCUGAACAUGAUGUUGCCAUGGAGGAUGACAUAGAGUUUGAGUCGGAUGAUGAUGGCGUUAUUGAAACCAAUGACAAUGAAGAUGAGGAGGAUGUGAUGCAGCCUUGA